AUGCCUGUCCAUGUCAAGUACUGCUUUCAAAAGGCAAUGUAUGUUAUUCUUAUUGCAACCUUUGAUGACCCAGAAGUUGGCAGAGCAGGAGAGACUACACUGGCACACAUCAUAGCCAACAGCAGCAAAAAGAAUGGCACGAGGUUCGUGACACUGUCAGCCACAAGUGCCAAGACAAAUGAUGUUCGAGAUGUCAUCAGCCAAGCCCAGAAUGAAAAAAGACUCUUCAAGAGAAAAACUAUCCUCUUUAUUGACGAGAUCCAUCGUUUCAAUAAAUCUCAGCAGGACACUUUCCUUCCUCACGUCGAGUGUGGGACGGUGACUCUGAUAGGAGCGACCACAGAAAACCCUUCCUUCCAAGUCAAUGCCGCUCUUCUGAGCCGAUGCCGGGUGAUUGUCCUGGAGAAGCUCUCGGUUGAAGCAAUGGAGGCAAUUCUGAUGCGGGCUGUCAGGUCCUUAGGGGUCCAGGUUUUGGGCCAGGGUGACCAGCACAGCAGCUCUGCGACUGGCAACAGCAGCGAGAGCUCGGAGUGAGUACUUUAUGGGCUGCAGGGUGUUAACACGCACAGCCUGAGGAGUUGACUGCCUGCCAGGGAGAGAAUGAAGCAGUUGGGGGGUGGGAAGAGAAACCCUAGCCACUUCUGAUAGUAAAGAAAAGAAGUGGCAGCAUAUGGUGGGGGCGGGGGUGACAGGAG